GGUCCGGGUACUGUUUGCUGUUUAUCUCGCGUACCUUGGCUACUUAACGGUUGGCUAGCGUUAGCCUGCUCGCUAACGUCGGCUGGUCCGUCUGUCAGCCCUUCCCAUCAGCGCACCCGAAGGCAGCGGAGAAGUGUUCAAGGAUGGUGCAGCCCCAACAAGAUGGCCCAAUGCAGUGGGAUAUGGCAGGAGAGGAUAGUGGAGGGGCCCUUAGGGUCCCUCCUGACCUGGCUGCCAAUGAGGUGGUUACCAGACUGCUGGGAGACAACCAGCAACUUAGAGAGGCUCUACGGCGUAGCAACCUUGCACUACGUCAGCGUUGUGAGGAGAUGGAGGGGUGGCAGAGGAAGACAAGAGAGGAGAGAGAAUUUCUCAGCUGUCGCUUCCAGGAAGCCAGGGCCCUGGUGGAAAGGCUGGCCCAGGAAAACCACUCUCUACAGGGGAUGGUAAAGGGAUCCAGCUCCUUUUCUAACCACAGCUCAUGCUCCAGCCAGACUGAAGACCAACCGGGACGCCCAACAAAGAACGGGCCACUUGAAGCACCGCAGACGUUAGAUCAGCGGGAAAGGAGGAGAGUGGAGGAGACUGAUCAACAUGCACAGACCAUGUCACCACGCAGUUUGGAUGAUGCGAGUAUACAUAGCUCCAUGAGUAGUUGCCUCCCCUCUCCCACCUCACUUAAAGAGGCUGGGGGGAAGGGGAGGGGUGUGGAAAACAGCCAGCCUGCAGAAGGAGCAAACGAGUUCCUGCAGUUGCUGAAGAGCCACAAAGAGAAGAUGGAAGAAGGGAUGAGGGAGCUGAGGAGGAAGAACGAAGAGCUAGAAAGGGAAAAGGAGGAAGGAGAGAAAGAGAGAGAGCUAAUGCACCGCACCAUUGACCAGCUAAGAGCCAAUCUUGCUCAGGUGCAGGCAUGCAAUGUUACUGAGGAGGCCGUUCAGCAUCGCUCUGAGGCGCAGCACUCCUCUGACAGGUAUCGCGAGCUGGAGGAGAAGCUGGAUUAUCUCCAGAAGAGCUCAGCUCAGCGGGACAGAACUGAAGCUCUGCUCAAACAAAAGGACAAGGACUGUGUUCAGCUGGCUAAGGACUGUGAGGCUCUGAAGGCCCAAGCAACAUCUCUAUUAGGAGAGCUAAAGGAGAGACAGAGCUGCCUGGACAAGAGUGAGCAUGAACGCAAAAUCCUGGAGGAAAAGCUAUGCAGUAAGAUGGAGGCCCUGCAGGUGGCGGAGAGGGAGUUAGAACAGCAGAGAAAGCAGCACCACGUGGCUGUGGACAAGCUGCUGCUGCAGAGCCAGAGCCUGGAGACAGCCCUCAAGACAGAGCGGCAUGUCGUUGCAGAAGAAAGGAAAAAACUUGCACAGCUACAGCACGCCUACACAUGUCUGUUUAGAGACUAUGACUCCAAACUGAAGAAUGAGGGAGGAGAUCUCUCCAGUAGACUAGAGGAGGCAGAGCGAGCGCUUGCCCUCAAACAAGAUCUGAUUGAUAAGCUUAAGGAGGAGGUGGAGCAACAGCGAAGCUCCCUGGAGACCAUACCUGUACUUACUGCACAGGCUGAAAUCUACAAGGCAGAUUUCCUUGCUGAGCGUGAGGCGAGGGAGAAGCUGCACCAGAAGAAGGAGGAGCUGCAGGAUCAGCUGACCCGGGCACAGGCUGAGUUCGAAAGGCUAAAACAGGAAUCGACAUCACGUGCAUGUAUGGAGGAGAUGCAGCAAAGACACCAAGAAAAUUUCAGAGUGCAACGGCCGUCACACCAUCACCCCAAACCAGGUGUGUUCUCUGGUGGCUCUUUCAACACUGCACCCCCACCAGCCUCCUUCCGUCAGGGUGUACCAAUGGUUGGCACUGGGGCCGAAGAUCUGCCAGACUACCGCUGUCCGAAGUGCCAAUACCAAGCUCCAGAUAUGGACACACUGCAGAUACAUGUCAUGGACUGUAUACAGUAGCGUAUGAGUUCAUAUGCACACAUGCACACGAGUCAUGCUACGGAGAGAUCUUGCAUAAACAAAAAGACAAAGGGAUUGCAUCGAAUUGAAAGGUUAUGCGAUGGAAGAAUGACGGACCUGCCAACUAGGAGCAAAAGAAAACAACAACAGUCACUUAUUCAGUAUAGUGUUUUUGUCAUUAAAUUAAUUCUCUUCAUAGCAGUAUUUUUAUUCACUGUCCCUCUCUGCCCCUGAGUCCAUCCUUCUCUGAUCUCCUCUGUCCUACCCUGUCUAUCUUCACCAUCUUCUCACCCCCUCUCCAUCUUUUCUAUUAUAUUUUCUAUCCCUCCCUCGCCUCUGAGAUGCUAUGUGAAUGCAUCUCCACUACUGGCAUAUGUACUUUAGCCUUGGCCUUUAACUUGAGCCGCUUAUCCCUCUCCAGUCCCUUGAUGCGUUGUCAGUUGGGGAGGUGUCUUUGAAUUAUAAAGUAGCUAGAUUUACUUUCCCCCCAUCACUCUAUUAUGUGCGAGUAGACCUAAGAGGAUGGUAAUUUAUUUUAAUUUUUUUUGUGAGGUAAUCCAGUGAAUGUGCAUUUAUGCCUGCAGUUGGUAAGAACAUAAGAAAUAAAGCGAGUAACUGAGUUGGCUUCAGUAGUAAAAGUAUGAGGGGGGGAAAUGGUAUUAUAAACAUUGCCUAUCUGGGUUUUUUUGGUUUUUUUAAAUGUUCAUGUAAUAUGUAUGAAGACAGUUAUACACAUACAGAAAAUGGUAGCCAUUCUCUGUGUCCUGUGCACCUUUGACUAAGCCACUGCUUUAUUGUUGUGCCCAAUCCACUUUUUUCUGUGUCUCGUACCUGUGACACCUGUUUAUUUCAGAGUGUAGCCCCGAUGAGGUUCCAUCAGUUCGUGUGAAUAUUGUCUUCAAUGAUAGAUUAUUUUGUGCAGGAGAUAUCCUUUAGAACUAUUGUAUUACUGGAGAAUUAAGAAAUAAAUGAUAAUUCGGUGAGCCUAAUGAGUCGGGAGUUUUAUGAGAUGAGUGAAAAGAACCCAACUUCCUCACACCAAAGGAACCAUUUAUUCUUCAUUGUUUAUUGAACACAUUGUCAUAUACAACAGUACAAAGACGUAGAUAAUAGAAAACAAAAAUAAAAAGGAGACAAAAAUAACAAGAGAUUGCAUUUUACAAUGCCAGAUUGUUAUAUGCAACGUAUUAAUUAAAUUCGCCUGGUAACUUGAAAGUCUUAAUAGCUUUUUGGUUUGUAAGAUCAAAUAAAACGGUGUUGUAAUGUUCAGAUUCCUUAAUAAAGUGCAGGAAAUGUG